AUGGGCUCCGUUGGAUAUGACCUCAGUCAACGAUCCCUGCGUAGAACAGAUUAUAGUACCAAAGGAGUCAAGAAGGACCUUCAGAACACUGUUCAGUAUCCAGGUCUCACACCCAGGCUCCUUGCCAUAAUGUUAAAAAGAAAAAUGCCACGAAAUUAUGUUAGAAAGACACAACGGGCUGCUGUUCCCCUUGAUGUUAUGAAACGAGCUGCUGAUGCAUUCAUUGCUGGUGCUAGUUUGAGAGAAGUAUCACGCAAUUUUGAUAUUGACAGAGCCACACUGCGUCGUUUUAUCAUGAAAUCUAGAGGCAAAGCAGAUAAUGAAAUCCAAACUGGAUACAAAAGACUAUCGGCAUCCAAGCGCAUAUUCCCUCUUCAAAUGGAGAACGACUUGGCACUGCACAUCAAGGAAUUAUCUGAUCGAUUUCAUGGUCUUAGCGUGGCGAAAUGUCGGGCACUAGCUUACGAGUUUGCAAAAUCAAAUGACAUUCCGAUUCCUGAAAGCUGGGGCAGAGAAAAAAAAGCUGGGAAGGAUUGGUUCCUCUCAUUUAAGGACAGAAACAAGUUGGCCGUUAGAGCUCCAGAGUCAACUUCUCUGGCUCGUGCAACUGCCUUCAACCGUUACAAUGUUACCCAGUUCUAUAACAACCUUGCUGCCGUUAUGGACAGGCACAAAUUCACUGCCAAUGACAUAUGGAAUCUGGAUGAAACUGGCUGCACUACUGUACAAAACCCAGGAAAAGUUGUUGCACAGAGGGGCAAAAAGCAAGUUGGAUCACUGACAAGUGCAGAGCGUGGAGAGCUAGUAACAGUAGAGUACUGUGUAAAUGCUGUUGGUAACGUUAUUCCUCCAUUGUUUGUAUUUCCUAGGGUGCAUUAUCGUGAUCACUUUCUGAACGGUGCCCCUAGUGGUGCUAUUGGAAGAGCAUCCCGUUCUGGUUGGAUGAAUGAAGAACUAUUUUCUGAGUAUAUGCACCAUUUUAUACAACACACUCGUUGUACUAAAGAAAGAAAAGUAUUGCUAGUAUUAGAUAAUGUUGAGUCUCACAUCACCAUUACAUCAAUCGAUCUGGCUCGUGAAAAUGGCGUUGUUCUUCUAACGCUGCCACCCCAUACAUCCCAUCGACUGCAACCUCUUGACAGAGCCGUCUAUGGUCCUUUUAAGAAGGCAUAUAAUAUAGCAAUGGAUGGAUGGAUUCGAUCUCAUCCGGGAAGAACAGUUACAAUAUAUGACAUUCCAACAAUCGUUGCAGAGGCUCAGCUCCAAGCAAUAACACCUCGGAAUAUCAAAGCGGGCUUUGCAGCCACUGGCAUCUAUCCCUUUAAUAGGGGUAUAUUCACAGAUGCGGAUUUUGCUGCAGCGGAGGUAACUGACCGCCUAAACCCCGAAACAGCUGAGGGCACUUCUGCUGCACUAGGUGAGAGUGAGACGCAUAAACACGAUGGUCACAAAGAUAAGGCCAGGGAAGACAGUGCUCAGUGUCAUGAGAUAGUCCCUGGUACAAUCGACAAUGAUGUGGAAACACUGCCAAGUUCGAGCGCAGGUGUGGUAUACGUCUCACCAUCACUAAUAUAUCCUUUCCCGAAAGCUCAACCUAGAAAGCUCAAAGGAGGGAGAAAGAAAAGAGCCACCAGAAUACUUACGGAUACCCCUAUCCGCGAUGAAGUGGCACUAGAGAAAGGAAAGAAAGAUAGGGCUAGUACGUCGAGCAACAAAGUAUCAAAAAAGAACCUCUUUAGCAAGAGAAAAGCACCUGAGAAAACUGCAUCUGAUGUGGCUUUAAGUGAUAGUGAGGACGAAGAAGAUAUGAUGGAGCCAGUAACCGUAGAUUCUGACGACAAUUCAUCGGAUGACGAGAUCAUGGAAGGUGAUUUUGUCGUUGUAAGCAUCAAUAGUGCAAAGGGAAUCUCUCAGCGAUAUGUCGCAAGAGUUGAUAUUGUGGAUGGCAAUGAGCUAGAGGGAGUUUUCAUGAAGAAAACUUCAGGACAUAGGCUUGAAGAAGAGAAACCUGCUUUUAUUAUUGACCAUAGUGAUGAGGCAUCAUUCCAUAAGCAAGAUGUAUUGAAGGUUCUACCAGCCCCCAAAAAUAUGCGUGGAAGUCUACGUAAAUCAAACCAGCUAGUUUUCCCCUGUGACUUAAAAAUAUUUAAUUUGUCAUAA